AUGAAGGAGUGUGUGCUCCUAGUUUUCUUGGCUUUGUGCUCUGCCAAACCUUUAUUUCGCCCUUCAUAUAUGACGCUGAAGAAUGUGAUGCUGAAGGACAUGGAAGAUGAAGGUGAUGAUGAUGCUGAUGGUGACAACUCUCUUUUUCCAACAAGAGAGCCAAUUAACCCUUUCUUCCCAUUCGAACUGUUUUCAACAUGUCCGUUUGGAUGCCAGUGCUACUCAAGAGUCGUACACUGUUCUGAUCUAGGCUUGUCCUCUGUCCCGAGAAACAUUCCAUUGGAUACUCGAAUGAUUGACCUUCAAAACAACAAAAUUAAGGAAAUCAAAGAAAAUGAUUUUAAAGGACUCACUUCACUUUAUGCUUUGAUCCUGAACAACAACAAGCUAACAAAGAUACACCCCAAAGCUUUUCAAACCACAAAGAAGUUGAGAAGAUUAUAUCUGUCCCACAAUCAACUAAAUGAAAUACCACUUAACCUUCCUAAAUCGUUAGCAGAACUCAGAAUUCAUGAUAACAAGGUUAAGAAAAUACAAAAGGAAACAUUCAAAGGAAUGAAUGCUUUACAUGUUCUGGAAAUGAGCGCCAACCCUCUCGACAACAGCGGGAUUGAGCCAGGGGCGUUCGAAGGGGUGACAGUGUUCCAUGUCCGAAUCGCAGAAGCAAAACUGACCUCAAUUCCUAAAGAGCUACCGUCAACAUUAUUAGAGCUUCAUUUAGAUGAUAAUAAAAUUUCAAAAGUGGAACUCGAGGAUUUUAAACGAUACAAAGAUCUGCAAAGGCUGGGCCUAGGAAACAACAGAAUCACAGAUAUCGAAAAUGGAAGUCUUGCUAACAUACCACGCGUAAGAGAAAUACAUUUGGAACACAAUAAACUAAAAAAAAUCCCUUCAGGAUUACAGGAGUUGAAAUAUCUCCAGAUAAUCUUCCUUCAUUCGAAUUCAAUUACGAAAGUGGGAGUGAAUGAUUUCUGCCCAACAGUGCCAAAGAUGAAGAAAUCAUUAUACAGUGCAAUAAGUUUAUUCAAGAACCCGAUGAAGUACUGGGAAGUACAACCAGCAACAUUUCGUUGUGUUUUGAGUAGAAUGAGUGUUCAGCUUGGGAACUUCAGAAAGUAG